GGAAGGGGCAAGCUCGUCGGGAAGAAAUAAGUGAAGGACCGGGCAACGCCGCGCAGGGGGCACCACCUCAGGCCUGCCCGCGGCGGCACAGCAACUCGGGGGUCCGAGCCGCUGCGGCGGGACCUCCCUCUCUCCUACAGGGCGAGCCCUGCCCGCCCGCUGUGCCCGCCGCCGGGAGAUCGGCAGCGCUGCCCAGGAUUGAUGCCAUACACCAUGGUAGAACUGUGCUGGAAGCUGUCCAUCUGCUUUUUUUGCUAUCAAGUUGUCUCAGGAAGAGUUACUAGAGAGGGACACUAUGUGGCUGCUGUGUAUGAACACGAAUCCAUCCUGAGCCCUAACCCGACAGCCCUGGUUGAUCGACAGUCUGCGCUGGAGCUCAUGGGCAGAAACCUCGACAUUUAUGAACAGCAAGUAGUGGCUGCUGCAAGGCAGGGGGCACAGAUCAUUGUUUUCCCUGAAGAUGGAAUCCAUGGCUUCAACUUCACCAGAAACUCCAUUUAUCCUUACUUAGAUUUCGUUCUGCAUUCAGAGUUUGUGAAGUGGAAUCCAUGCAGAGAGCCAUAUUUGUUCAACGACACAGAGGUUCUUCAGCGUCUGAGCUGCAUGGCACUGAAGAACAAAGUAUUCCUUGUGGCAAACUUAGGAACUAAGCAGCCCUGUGAGCCCACUGAUCCUCACUGUCCAUCUGAUGGGAGAUACCAGUUCAAUACCAACGUGGCGUUCAACGAUGACGGUACGCUGGUAGCCACCUAUCGCAAACACAACUUAUAUUUUGAAUACGCUUUUGAUACCCCGCCAGAGCCUGACUAUAAAUUCUUUGAUACCCCCUUUGCAGGCAAAUUUGGUAUGUUCACUUGCUUUGAUAUACUCUUUUUUGAGCCUGCAGUGAACCUCAUCAGACAAUACAAUUUGAAACAAGUUGUAUAUCCAACUGCCUGGAUGAACCAGCUCCCACUCCUCUCUGCUGUAGAAUUUCAGCAGGCUUUUGCAACAGCUUUCAACGUCAAUAUUUUAGCAGCUAAUAUCCACCACCCUACCUUGGGCAUGACAGGAAGUGGGAUAUACACUCCAGUCAAAUCCUACAUCUACCAUAACAUGGAAAGUUAUGGUGGCAAGCUCAUAGUAGCAGAAAUUCCUGUGAUUACUGCAGAUUAUGACACGAAUUUGGAGAUUAAUGAAAGAUUCAGAGACAACUUACACGACUCAUGCAAGACUUCUACAAGCGGCUCAAUGGAUGAUCAAGUUUGUUUUAAGGAAGGAGAAGAGAUCCCUGGCAGAGUAUCAGAAAAAGGAAAUGAACAGUUACCUCCCAUAUUUUAUGCAGAAAUGAUGUAUGACAACUUUACUUUUGUUCCUGUAUGGGGGGAAAAAGGAGAGGUCCAUGUUUGUGCCAAUACCCUUUGUUGUUACUUAAAUUACCGGAGAGCUGUGUUAACUGAUGAAUUGUAUGCUUUGGGAGUUUUUGAUGGGCUCCAUACAGUGCAUGGCACAUACUAUGUCCAGGCCUGUGCAUUAGUAAAGUGUGGUGGUCUCAGCUUUAGCACUUGUGGCCAGGAGGUUACAGAUGCCACUGCGGUGAUAGAUUUCCAGCUAUGGGGAAAUAUGAGUACCCCUUAUAUCUUUCCUUUACUGCUGACAUCUGGUAUUACCUUGGACUUCGCUGAUCACAUGGGCUGGAAAAACAACCACUAUUUCAUAAGCAAAAAUAGAACAUCUUCUGGCCUACUGACAGCUGCUCUAUAUGGACGAUGGUAUGAAAAGGACUGAAUCAGAAAACAACUGCUUGUAUGUUCAGAGUAUGUAUCUUAACAAAAGUUGAACAUCUGUACUUCCUAGAGCUUCAGAUGUGUGUUUUACAUGAGUGACUGAUUAGAUUCCACAUUGAAAUUAUAAGCAAAGCACUUAUAAUUUCAAUGUGGAAUCUAAUCAGUCACUCAUGCCUAAGAGGCUGUAAGUACAGGCUGCACCUUGGUAGCUUAUGUCCUACCAGAAGUAAAAGAACUGCCUUGCAAAGAUAAAGGCUUGUUGUCAUGUGUUGAGGUGUUUUAUAUUGUGAAAAUAACAAUUUUCAUUUCAACUGAAUCUGUUCCUUUUAAUUUAAUCCUUUGGUUUUGGGGGGUCCUGGCUAGGAGUAUAUAAAAAAAAUGGAAUGGAAAACCGUUGCAAAAGGAAGAAAAAUAGGAAAGGGAAUAAUGACGCAAAUACCAUGCUUGACAUGCAGGGACGUACAUACACACAUACAUAAGUUAAGUAAGUAAGUAUAUAGCUUGUAGAUGGUGAGGCUCUGAUUUCUGGUUAGAGUGCUGUGAUUGAUUUUUUUCUUAGCGUCAAAACUCCUGGCUGAAGACUGACCACUCAGUUGUCUGUUAUCCUGUUAGAAAACUCAGUGAGUUUUCUCGUACACUUUUAACAGUAAGUGAAUGUUGCAGCUGUGAGCAUCUAUGGAACAGCCAGUCUGGGGAAGAGGAUAUCAGAUGAUUGUGAAAAACUAGACUGCAUUAAGACACAGUUUCCAGCCUACUGUGCAAGGAAUUAUGUUUUAAAAAAGGCAGCAAUGAAUAUCAAUUACUAUGUUAUGUACUGUUUAAGUACUUUAACUUUCCCUGUUUAAAAGAGAGGUCAUUUCAAGACUGUUUUGACUUUCCGACAUCUUACACAUCGUCCAUAAAUUAAUUCAACAAGAGCUAUGAAAAGCACAUAACGAACUGUGGGACAGCAAGGUUUUUACAUAAAUACUUUGUGUGCCAGAUGGCAGGUUCCUGCUGCUAAAUGAGUAAAACUCACCGUUCAUUCCAGAGCAGUCACUAGAUCGGGUGUUAUAACUACUGAACUGUGGUGACAAACUGUUCUGUUGCAGAGAAUAUUCAAAGGAUAUUAAUUUGGAGUUAAAUUCCGAAAAGAUAAUUUAUUCUCUAGUGUUAUAAUUCUGUGUGAUCUUACUGGCCGUUAUGACUUUAUCUGCGUAAUAGCUGCUGAGUAACGGAAUAAACACAACUGUUCCUUUGGUGA